AAAGAAACAAAGCUUUGGAAAAUUUUGUCAAUUUUUUUUUUCUGAUAUACUACUCGUAUUAAAAUGAUUUUGAUAAACGGACGAAGAAGAUAAUCUACCAGCUAGUUAGACAUUACGAAUGUGCGGUGGUGAAUGACAAGAUAGCUACUGGCGUUUGUUUGGUUGUCUUGGUAAAGAUGUCUGCAGCAGAGGAAGAUACGGAGCUACGUGAUCUUCUGAUUCAAAACUUAGAAAACAACGGAGUUCUCAAUAAAAUUAAGGCUGAACUGCGUGCUGCUGUUUUUCUCGCAUUGGAGGAGCAGGACAAAGUAGAGAAUAAAACUCCACUUGUGAAUGAAAGCCUAAAGAAGUGUCUAAAUACCAAAGAUGGACGUUUGGUGGCCAGCCUCAUCACAGAUUUCCUGCAGGUUUUUAAUUUGGACUUCACGCUUGCCGUCUUUCAGCCAGAAAUUAACUCUCUGAAUGGCCUGGAGAGCCGGGAAGCGGUGGCCCGUGAGCUGGGCGUCACGGAGCAGGAGGGUAACAGGGGCACGCCCCUCCUCCUGGAGCUGGUGAAGAGGAGCCGGCACAAGGACAGAGCCUCCGUGUUCUCAGAGGGAGAAAGAACCGUGCCUAUUCCCAAGGAGUUAUCUCCCAGGCAGAUUGCUGAUGCCCGGAGGAAAUUUGACUUUUAUGACAAGGACAAAAGUGGCGGAAUAAGCAAAGAUGAGCUGAGGACGCUGUUCUCCGAUCUCUUCCCCGGUUUCCACAAGAAUAUGCUCGAGCGAUACCUAACAGAUGAAUUCAGAGCUGUAGACAAGGACUUCAGUAACUCCAUAGAAUUCCAGGAAUUUCUGGGGAUGUAUAAACGUUUGUUUAUCCAGUGUAGAAGUGUGGUCUGCAGUGAUGUCACGGACAUCAUUCCAACCUCAAAUAAAUUUUCUGAGGAGAAAAUAUGUACAUCACCUUCCAGUAAGAUACCCAGAUUUAAAGGAUUUCUUAAACACAGUGAGGAAGAGGAGGAUGAGGAGGAGAAGGCUGGCGCCAAGGGAGUCGAGGUGAGCCACAGCGACGCCAGCCUGACCUUGGGCUCCACGAAGGGCAAGGGCCCGGCGCAGGCGUCGUCCAGGGAGCCGAAACACGGCGAAGCCCCGCCCCUGCCGAGGAAGAGCGCAGACGCGGAGGUGGAGGAGGACGAGGACGAGGGGGACUCCUUCUUCGACGACCCCCUGCCGAGACCAAAGAAGACGUUCGGCUGUAGUAAUCUCGCCAAGGCAGAUAAAAGUCACUCAGAGGCAAGUCUCUCUGAAAACAACAAUAGUCGCAAAGAGGCGGGCCGGCCGGCGAAGGAGAGCAGCCUCUCCCGGGGAUCCCUCCCCCCGUUGAGGAAGAGCAGUAGCCUCAACGAUCUCUCGGCCGUAGACAGCGACACGGACGCGGACGACCCCUUUUCAGACAGUGAUAACGGGGGAGGGUACAGCCCCGAGCCCGACGGGAGGAGGGCCGACCCCGGCAGACCCGCGGGCAGCCCCCCGCCCCCCCCGAGAGAGGGCCCCCGGCUGAAGAGCGGAGAGCCGCACCCGCGGGACCCCCCCGACAGGAGGACCGGUAAUCACAAAGACAAAGGAUCCAGGGACUCGAAGGCCGUGAACAGCAGAGACGCAGCUCUUGGGUCCGACGAAGACAACGACUAUGACGACGAUUUCAACAGCACCAGCCACCGAUCGGACAACUCGAGAAGCGAGCUGAGCAUCGGGGAGGAGAUCGAGGAGGUCUCCAUCGAGGGCCCCGACGGAAGCGACAAGCUGGAUGACCUCACUCAGGACCUGAGCGUGUCGCAGCUCAGCCAGGGGGCAGACUACAUGGAGGAGGUGGCGUGAAAGACCGCCACCACCACGACCGUACCAAGACAGCAGAUUUUAUAUGGAAUUUAUUUAAAUGUGCGCGUGAGAAAAGUGGAUCUACUAAAAAAGAAGGUUUUAAAUAAAGUUGGACCUUGAGAGCAA